GCGGUGGUGACCUGUCAUCAUUCCUUUUUCUCUUCCAUACUUUCGGAUCGGUUCUGCUGGAGACUCGCGGAAUCACCAUCGUCGUCCCAGAUAAUCCUUCGCCGUAACAAUCCGUGUCCGUGUGUUCUUCCGUCGGCGCCGGUGUGUUGGAAAAAGUGAUAGUUUCGUUGGAACAGUACAUAGUAGAAUGGCAGCCUGUACGGAAGUGCUGAAACGGGAGUUUCCCUCGAUCGACGGCGAGCUGCUGACGUACGUGGAGGAUGUCCUCCAGAGUGGAGCGGACGAGUUCGAAGACGGCGAGGAGGUUUACGAGGCGAUCGGGGCGAUUCUGCACGAGGUCUCGCAGGACAAAAGCGAGGACGACAUCCGGCAGAUCUGCGAAAUUUUCCUGGAUCUGCUGAAGCCUCGGAGUGGUGAUAGCGGUGGAGGUGGCGGCGGUGGGAGAAAAGUGUUGGGAGCUCCGAUCAACUUGAAGGAGGUAGCGGCUUCCCAGGAUGCCGUUCAGGAGAACAUUCAGAGUAUUUGGGUGGUUUCGAGGGACGACAGCUUGAAGGUGGAUUCCAAGAAGCUGGAGAAGGCGGAAGCUAAGAGGCAGCAGAAGCUGGAGAAACGUGAGCAGACUAAACCGGCUCCCGGCGUCGGAGUAGCUCCGGUGCUGCAGAUGGCCACGGCUUCGCAGGUAAUCAGCAAGAAGGAUAAUAAAAUGGAGGCGAAGGGAACGAACCGUUCGAUGGACAUCCGGAUUGAGAACUUUGAUGUGUCGUUCGGGGACAAGGUCUUGCUACAGAACGCGGAUAUGCUGCUGGCUUGUGGUCGUCGGUACGGGUUCGUCGGGAGGAACGGUCUGGGAAAGACGACGCUGCUGAAGAUGAUUUCCGGGAAGCAGCUGCAGAUUCCGAGUCACAUUACCAUUCUGCAUGUGGAACAGGAAGUGGUCGGAGAUGACACCCUGGCCAUUGAUAGCGUCCUGGAAGUGGAUGCUGUACGGACGGAGCUGCUGAAGAAGGAGAAAGAACUGAAUGCUCAGAUCAACGCCGGUUCCAGCGAUCCGGAACUCAGCCAUGAACUGUCGGAAGUUUACGUCCAGCUGCAGAACAUCGAAGCGGACAAAGCGCCAGCCCGUGCCUCAAUCAUCCUGAACGGUCUCGGAUUCACCAAGGAAAUGCAAGCCCGAGCCACCCGGACCUUCUCCGGAGGAUGGCGAAUGCGUUUGGCCCUGGCCAGGGCCCUCUUCUCCAAGCCGGAUCUGCUCCUUCUCGAUGAACCGACGAACAUGUUGGACAUCAAGGCCAUCAUCUGGCUCGAGAACUACCUCCAAACGUGGCCAACGACACUGCUCGUUGUUUCCCACGACCGGAACUUCCUGGACACCGUUCCGACGGACAUCCUCUACCUGCACUCGCAGCGAAUCGACGUCUACAAGGGCAACUACGAGCAGUUCGACAAAACCCGUACCGAGAAGCACAAAGCCCAACGGCGGGAAUACGAAGCCCAGCUGGCGCAUCGGAACCACGUGCAGGAGUUCAUCGAUCGGUUCCGGUACAAUGCUAAUCGGGCCGCCAGUGUGCAGUCCAAGAUCAAGAUGUUGGAGAAAUUACCUGAACUGAAACCAGUGGAGAAGGAAAUCGAAGUGACGAUCAAAUUCCCCGAGGUGGAACCGCUGAAUCCGCCGGUGUUGCAGCUCAACGAAGUCCAGUUCAAAUACUCCAGCGACAAGGUGAUAUUCAAUCUGGUCAAUCUCAGCGCGAAUCUGGACUCGAGGAUCUGCAUCGUCGGCGAGAACGGAGCCGGUAAGACCACCCUCCUCAAAAUCAUCACCGGGCACCUCCAACCGACCGGUGGUCUGAUCCACCCGCACCGAGGUCUCCGCCUCGGGUACUUCGCUCAGCACCACGUGGACCAGCUGGACAUGAGCGUGAACUGCGUGGAACUGCUGCAAAAUGCCUACCCGGGCAAACCCAUCGAAGAGUACCGCCGAGUGUUGGGCAGCUUCGGCGUUUCGGGCGACUUGGCCAUGCAGGUGGUCGCUUCGCUUUCCGGAGGACAGAAAUCCCGUGUGGCGCUGGCCAAGAUGUGCAUGGGACGACCGAAUUUCCUGGUGCUCGAUGAACCGACCAAUCACUUGGACAUCGAAACGAUAGAGGCCCUCGGCAAGGCGAUCAACAAGUACUCGGGUGGUGUAAUUCUGGUUUCCCACGACGAGCGUCUCAUCCGGAUGAUCUGCAAGGAGCUGUGGGUGUGCGGCGGCGGAACCGUUCGCAGUGUGGAAGGCGGUUUUGACGAGUAUAGGAAAAUCGUGGAAAAAGAACUGGAAGCGGCUGCGGCGUAGGCGGAGCAUUUCGAUUGUUGUUCCGGUGGGCAGAUCGAUCGAUUAUCAUCAUUAUUAUUAUUAUCAAUUGAUUAUCGAGGAAGGAUAUAUUACUACUAAUAUUAUUACGCUUUGUAACAAGUAUACAGAAGGAAAAGAAGAAAAAAAAGUUGUAGAUGAACGGAAAUAUAGACCCCAGCAAUGCGAGAAAAGAUGA